AGGAGCCUUUUUCCUCUCUUCUGCUGUGUGGGAUCUGCAAGCAUAGACCACGUCUAUGUUCUGCCCAUGAUGAUUCCAAAUAUGAACGAAUAGUAGAGCCUUCCAAUGGUUCCAUUUCUUUCUGCGGGACAUCAGUGAUUUCACUUGAACUGCUGCAUCUCAUUUUUUUUCCAAUAACCUCACAUGCAAGAAGAAAUCAUAUAUUGUCCUAAAGAGCAGACAGUAUUGGAGUCUGUUUCAAGAGGGUGAUUUUAUGUUAUUGAUUAUGAGGAUUGUCUAUUGGGUAGCAACUGUCUAUUGUUUGAUUGUCCCGGUCAGAUAGUGGUGAGUUCUCAUUACUGAGGAGUAAAUAAGAGUCAGCAGUGGAAGGAAUGUAUUGCAGUGUUUUAUAGUGAUAGAACAUUGCCUCAAUGCAGAGGUCAUUUCAGAUUGGUGAGCCCAAAACCGGGAGUGGAGGGGGGCGUCUUGGGCUCUCAUGAUUGCCUUUUGCAGUGUCUUCUGCUUUAAAGAGAACCAAAUUCUGUUGUAUCGGUCUCCUGGUUUUGUAAGCUUUUGAUUAUUUUUGUUAGAAUAAAAUGCAUAAUAAUAAUAUGUUACUUGGGUUAUUCAUUGUUUAUUUAUGCUAGAAAUAAAGUUGAGUUGUGUUGUACGUAGCCGUACCAUACAAGCCGUCGGGGGCUUUGGUUGAUUAUGUCAAGUUUAUUUGUCCAGCACUCAAUCACAAAAGAGUCUCAAAGGGCUUCACAGCUCACAAUGAUCAACGGCAUUGAUCCCCCCCCCUCCACCCACCCCUGUCAAAUUCAGCAUUAUUGGCUCCCCAAAAAGACUUUAGUUUCUCUUUCUUACCUGCUGUAUGGGCAUAUUCCAACAAAACAAUGGCUCGAUUGUACUUUUUUUUGUUUGUUUAUUUUCUAGACUGAGGGAAAGUGACGCAUGAUGUUCACACUUUUGUAAACUUGGGAGUGUCCUGUAGAUUGCUUCACACAGCGGUUGAUUUAAUCAUAUGGGUUAUCACCACUACGUUGUGUGCCACAAUCCAUGCAUUGCACUGCUAAAUCUACGUAAUGACGCAGCUAGACCCUGCUGUGGUAAUCACGCCGACAGCUUGAAACGGCACAAGCGGAAAGACGUAGUCUUUCCCAACAUGUCCUUGAGCAGCCAUGUCAUGGAUGAAAAGCAGAAGUGCUGCAAUCUGAGUGCGCUGACUGACUCAGUGACAAUAGUUGAGACGAGGCGGCAGAGAAGAACUGGGAAAGAGAUUAGCGCACACGUUUACAGGUCAGCCUUUGGUGAGGGGAUGAAAACAGAUUUGAGAAGCCCAGAACACACCCAGCUCCUCGUUCAGUUGUGGGAAAGCGGUCAGUGUCGGUACAUGAAAACCAAGACAAAGAGCAACACGGGCCACAAGAGAGACAGCUCGCCAUUCAAACAGGGCAGCAAGUCGGCCAACUGCAGCCCCGCACACCGGACCUCCGACAACCUGACGGAAGCUGCUAAGAUUGAGGAGAACCACUCCACAGUAGAACUGGACUCUGCGUCAUCCAAACCGCAGGAUGCUCACAUUCCCACGGCGAACGGGGUUCUAGUGCAGAUGGAGCAGGACAAGGAGGAGGAGAAAAAGGCGUGCAAUGGCGAAAAUGGGAGUAUAGACAGUACGGAGCUGGUUAACGGAGAUAUGGGACGCACGGACAGCAGGGCCGAGGACUCACAUUCACGCACGGACAGGACUGGUUCACAAAGUUCCCAAGAAAAUGAAGAUGGUGGGACUAACUCGAAACAGGAACAUGCGGAAGAGGCGAGCACAGAGCAGAAGGAGACAAAUGAGCAGAAACUGUAUAAAAUUGCCAGUGAGCUCUUGCAUACAGAACAGGCCUACGUUACAAGACUCGACUUGUUGGAUCAGGAAUUUUGUGCCAAGCUCACGGAGGAGGCAAUGAAAGGAACAUUCCCUGUGGAUGUGGUCAAAAACAUCUUCUCCAACAUCUCCUCCAUCAACACUUUUCACAGUCAGUUUUUGCUUCCUGACUUGGAGAAACGAAUGGGAGAAUGGGAGUCCAUGCCUCGAAUUGGAGACAUCCUCCAGAAGCUCACACCCUUCCUCAAAAUGUAUGCGGAGUAUGUGAAGAACUUCGAUAAGGCCAUGGAGCUGCUGAAACAGUGGAGUGACCGAUCUCCACAGUUCAAGUCAAUCAUUCAGGAGAUACAGAGUCAAGAGGCCUGUGGCAACCUGACACUUCAGCAUCACAUGCUGGAGCCCGUGCAGAGAGUCCCACGAUACGAGAUGCUUCUCAAAGACUACCUAAAGAAACUUCCUCAGGAUGACCCUGACAGACGGGACGCAGAAAAAUCCUUAGAAAUCAUCGCCACAGCAGCGACUCACUCCAACAGCGCCAUUCGCAAAUCUGAAAAUCUGAAAAAAUUGAUGGAGAUUUAUGAGAUGCUAGGGGAGGAGGAGGAUAUCGUUCAUGCCUCGAACGAGUUCAUCAAAGAAGGUCACAUCCUGAAGCUGGCAGCCAGGAACACCUCAGCCAUGGAGCGAUACCUCUUCCUGUUCAACAACAUGCUCUUGUAUUGCGUGCCCAAAUUCAGCCUGGGAGGACCCAAGUACACCGUUCGGACGCGGAUCGGCAUUGAUGGGAUGAAAGUUCUGGAAACCACCAAUGAGGACUACCCUCACACCUUCCAGGUUUCAGGGAAAGAGAGGACUUUAGAGCUACAAGCCAGCUCCGAGCAGGACAAGGCGGGCUGGAUCAAGGCAUUCCGAGAGACCAUUGAGGUCUUCCAGCAAAAAAACGAGUCAUUCAAGAACGCAUCCAAGGAUGUGGAGGAGGUGUCUAAUGCUGAGCUGGGAAAGCGUGCUCCUCGCUGGAUACGCGACAAUGAAGUGACAAUGUGCAUGAAAUGUAAAGAACCUUUUAACGCACUUACGCGACGAAGACAUCACUGCAGAGCUUGUGGCUAUGUGGUGUGCUGGAAAUGCUCCGACAACAAGGUGCCGCUGGAGUACGACGGCAACAAAGUGAAUAAAGUGUGCAGGGACUGUUUCUCCAUCCUGACAGGAGAAACUAUUGCCGAGGGCAAGAGGAAAGGCAUCUUGGAAAUCGAGGCGGCUCAAUUCACUGGCAGUAGCAUCAUGUGUGGCUUCCUGCAGUACUGCGAGAAGAACAAACCUUGGCAGAAGAUGUGGUGUGUUAUCCCCGAGAAGGAGUGUCUAGUGCUUUACCUCUACGGAGCUCCUCAGGACGUGAAGGCCCAGAGCACCAUCCCCCUGCUCGGCUACUCGGUGGAUGACAGCAGCCGCCCCGCCGAGCCCCAGGCCAGCUUCCGCCUUUCCCAGUCCAAAUCCGUCCACAGCUUUGCCGCCGAGAGCGAGGAGCUCAAGCAACGCUGGCUGAAAGUGAUCCGCGUGGCCGUGACGGGCGAGGUGCCCGAGCGCCCUCACGCCAACGGCGGCAACAUGGCGGACGGUGCCGCGCAGGAAGCGGCCUCGGACAGCUCGUAAGGAUGCCGGGAGUUUGUCUGCAAUUUGUGUGACUGAGGUCACACACACUUCCUCUCUUUACUGGGCCAAAAAGGACAACGCAAGUGCUGGAUGAACUGCCUUUUUCUCCCCCCACUUUUUUUUUUUUAAUCUUGGAUGACUUCCACAGAUGUGCUGUAUUACAAAAAGAACACUAGGACUGAGACGCUCUCGGCGUUGGCGUUCCCUUAAGCUUGUGGACUUGUACUGCACCAACUACUCAGUCUUACCUGUACAGUAUAACUGUCUAUUUCGAAAAAGAUUUUUUUUCCCCUCCCAGCUCCUCACCUUGUUUUGAUAACAUAGAAAAAAAGAUAACAAAUGACAGAAAUUGUCAAUGUUCUCCCUUCAAACUGAACAAGAUGAUGGCGUCCCUCACUCUCACUUGACUUUUUUGGGUAAAGCCAUGGAAUAAUCGGUUACACAACAUCCUAGAGGGCUGCUAAGCAAUCCUCUUAUGUCAAAUUAUCGGAUGCAUAUUUUUUUAAAACAGUCAAUUGAUGAGGGAAGUCACCCAAGAACAAUUGCUCAUUUGUAGCACACCAGCUACAUACUUUAAAAGAUUUUAAUCCAACAUAAACUGCUUUAGGCACAUAAUUAUUAUCCAUACUAAAAAUUAUAUUGAAAUCGCUGCAAUUGACUGGUGAUCAAUGCAAGGUGUGCCCUACCAAUGACCCAAAGGUCAAUUGCGAUGGGCUCCAGUGACCCGACUGAAGACAGGCAGGAAGAAACUGAACAUAUGAAUGAUAUAUAAUAAUUGCGUUUCGCCACUUUGAUUGAGCUUCCUCCACAAUGAACUUUCUGAAGCUUUCUGCACAUUUGCGACAGUCCUGAGGAUAGGACCCCCCAUGUUAAGUCAACCAUGUCAAAUAAACAAAUUCAGUUUGGGUAAACCAUCUUUUUUUUUGUUUGUUUACUCAUCAAAAUAGACGUGUGUUUCGGUACACUGCAACAAGCGGCAACAGCCUCAGCCACAGGUCGUGAGCAAGACUGAAUGGUUCAACUGACUGUGGUCUGCAUAAAGCAGCUUCUCUUUUUUCAGCGCAAAUGUACAAUGAGAUGUUAACAAGCUGGUGCAAGAAUGUAAAUGUUUUUUUUUUUGUUUUCAAUUAAUGCUAUAAGUAAUUGUAUUAUUUAAAGUAAUUUAUAGAUCAUGAGCAUGAGCUGUUGGAAACUAGCACAAAUCUGUCUCCAGAAGGAAAAAAACGUUUUUAUAAUCCAUAUUUUGUCAGGUGUUCUGCAUUGAGACAUGCAGUGGUUCUAUGAACUGACGCAGAGGGGAUGGAUGUGCCCGUUUGUUUUGUUUUUGUUUUUUUAACCCUUUUCGGUCAACAAAUAAAAGAGCACAAUGCUUCACCGUGUGCAAGUCCUGAGUGUCUAGCCAACAUUUGUACGCGCGCAUCUCCUCACCCCCAAACAUUUGACAAGUGUACAACUACAUUAAAUACUUAUGGAUCCAG